UUGACAUUUGACAAAUGCAUUCGCUACCGGCACCAUGAUCAUGAACCAUGUACGGAACUUUAAAAAAUUGUUUUUAUAUUUUUACUCACAAAAAUAUUUAUUCAAACAACCUGUUAAUAAAAUCCCAGACUUUAUCCCAGAUUUAAGUUGAUUAUAAUACGAUACAAUGUCAGACGAAGAUAAUGAGGAUUUACCUUCAAUAUUAUUUAAUGACAAUAGUAAAAAGUCGGUGGGUAAUAUUUAUCUUUUAAUAAGGGAGACUUUUCAAUGCCCUCUGCUGAUAUAUUGGCAUCACAAAGAGCAAGAGAGCAAGAGUGUAUGCAAGAGCUUCAAGAUCUGAGGUCACAAUUUGAGAAACUGGAUUAUAAAGGCCAAUUAGUGAGGCAAGCAAGUAACUCAAGUGGCUCAGAAAGUGAAGCUUCACUAACUACAGCUGCUGAGGCACUACAUGUAGAGCAAUUUGUGCAGCAUGCUGUGCUUGCUCCAACUCCUAAUACCUUGUUGCAGGCCUUGCUUGGUGCCCCUAUAUUGCAGCCUUAUGACCUUUCCCUGCUGAACUACUCUGCACUUCUACUAGAAACUAAUGAUAAGGAGCUCAUUUUAAAUACUUUAAAUCAAAUAGUAUUAGAUAUCAGGCAGUGCAUAAAAAGAGGAACUCAGAGUGAGAACUUGUUACGAGAUGAAGAUACUAUAGUACUAUGUUGUUGGUUGUGUGCAUCUAGUAUGUGGAAUGGCCCUCAGCCUUGUGGCUCAAAUGCAGUGCUGUCAGAGCUGCUAAAAGUGGCGGCACCAACUGUAGUAGAAACAGUAGCAGGUGCUUUGACCACAGCUAUGCAAGAACCUCAUGCUCUAGUGGAAGCCAGUGAUGCAGUAUGGGGACAUACUUUAGGACAGAGAUGCCUUGCUGGCCGCCUUCUGGCUGCUGCCAUGGAUGCACUAGUGCCUUGUAGUGACUCACUUGCCUCACCUUCCCUUACCGUAAGUGUGGUAUGUGGACGACUACGGUGUGUGUGGCGUGAGCUAAAUGCAGAGAAACGCCAUGCCGCGCUUAUGGUGGCAGGGCGGGUAGCGGUUCUUGCUGAGCCUGAAAUUGGUGAACUUAAGGCGCUGCGGGAUUUGUUAGCCCUCUCAAUGCAGGCACCUGCCCUACCUUUGCGGCAGUCCCCAGACUAUCUUCGGAUCCAAGUUGCAGCUUCAAGAUUACAGAUACUAUUUGAAGUGAACAACUUACCAACAAUAGACUCUUAAGCCAUUGCAAUAUUAAGCAUCAAUAAUUGUCGAUCUUUAAUAAAAUGAAGAAACAUUUGAAAUACUUUAUUAAUAAAAUUUAAACAAAUUAAA